GUAAGUAAAAGUGAAACUGAACUCACAGCCCACAGGAGGACAGAGACACGGAGGACGUCGUCUGGUCGAAAGGUUUUACUCUUCGCUGAUUUCUCUUCUAAAAAAACGAACAUGUCAAACAUCACGAGAAUUGUCAUCCUGGGGAAAACUGGAGUUGGGAAAAGCAGCCUGGCUAACACCCUAUUUGGAGAGGGGCUGUUCAGGGUCGGACACACUUUGAACUCUGAAACAAGAACGUGUCAAGCAGAAACUAAACCUGUCAAUGGAAGAAACAUCACUCUGAUUGACAGUCCUGGUUUCUUUGACACACAUCGGUCUGAGAACGACCUGAAGUCUGAAAUAGUGAGGUGCGUCACAGAGUUCGCUCCUGGGCCUCAUGUCUUUCUCAUUGUGCUUAAAGUGGAGAGAUUCACAGAGCAGGAGCAGGCCGUCAUCGCUAAAAUGCACGAAUACUUUUCUGACGAAUUUUUAAAGUACGCGAUAGUCCUCUUCACUCAUGGUGACCAGCUCCCUGAAGGACAGACCAUUGAGAGCUUUAUCUGUAAUAAUAAGCUGGUGAUGGAGCUGGUGGAGAAGUGCGGAGGCCGCUGCCACAUCAUCGAUAACAAAUGCUGUGAGAACAACCCGCAGGAAAGAUACCGGAACAACCAGGUCCAGGUGAAGGAGCUCCUCAACACAAUAGAUCAGAUGGUUGAGGCAAACAGAGGAGGAUGCUACAUCAAUGAGAUGCUACAAGCAGUGGAGGAAAGAAUAAAACAGGAGGUGCAACUCAUUAGAAAGUCACCAGGAAACAUGUCAGAGGGAGAGAUCAGAGAGAAGGCUAAAGACAAAGUAGUUUUGGCGCUUUGUCUCGGUUUGGCAUGUGUCUCAGUAGGUGUAGUGUUGGGAGUUUUUUUUGGUUCAGCAGCAAGUAUGCAAGUAGUUGGUGCACUUAUAAUGAGAGGGUUUGCUUUAGCCACAAAGUAAUAAGGUGCAGCAGGUGUUAGAGCAAUUACUGGUGUAAAGUCCUAAUUGCUCUCUAACAUCUGUCGUGUGCACGGUGGCAGGAGGUGCUGCAGGAUGUUGUGCAGCCGAGGGAGCAGACACACUGUCGGAAGCAGCAGAGAGGUCAGCGAAGGUCGUCAUUGAUGGAAGCAAAUCUACUUCGGACGAAGUAAAAUAUUGUUUGAGUUAAACAAUAUAUUUUAAACCUGUAAUGAGCUACUGCUCUUGAAAAAGUUCGUUAAAAAGUCAAAUCACGCAAUAAAUUGCAUGCUAAUUUUUUUCUAAACAAUAUUUAACCACUGAGAGUAUUAUGGUUAAUCAUAAGUAAUGUAUAAUAUUUCUAAAUGUUUAAUUUACUUUUUCAUUCAUUACUAUUAUUACUAUCUUACUAUUCAAAAGAUUCGUCAUUUAAGUUUAAUUCUCUUUCAUGAUUUACGAUGUCUUUUCUUUUUAUUAAGCUACCAGUUUUUUUGUCUCAUAUCAAUAUAUUCUCCACAUAUAUUCUCAUUAUUUAGUGUCUAUUGACAGCUGAUGAUGACGGCUUCAAUGUGUUUUUCUUUCAUGUUUCAAUAUGUGAUCACAUGUUCUUCGUUGUUGACUGAAUGGUAAGAAGAAGUAAAUAAGUGAACCCCUGAUCAUUAAAUCAAUGAUUUACAUUGUU